GUUUGAUGAUUGCUGUAUACUGUUGUCAAUCAAUAUGAAGAAAAUGUAGUAUAUUAUGCGGUUUCACAUUGAAUAAUUGAAAAUUACUUGAUUAUUAAUGUAUUUUUAUAUAAGUUCGGGAUCGCUAAACAGUUUUCUUUUGAUGUGAUCAAUUGUUUGUGUGACAUUUAUAUUUGUUCGUGAAUUACAAUCAACAUGAGUGAUGAAAGUCAUCCUCGGACGUUAUAUGUCGGUAAUUUAGAUGUUGCCGUAACGGAAGAGUUGUUGAUAACUUUAUUUUCUCACAUAGGCCCUGUUAAAGGAUGCAAAGUUAUACGAGAACCCGGAAACGAUCCAUACGCGUUUGUAGAAUUCGUAACUCACCAUGGAGCGAGCACCGCUCUAGGCGCUAUGAAUGGAAGAAUAUUUUUAGAUAAAGAGAUGAAAGUUAACUGGGCUACAUCGCCGGGAAAUCAACCCAAAACAGAUACAAGCAAUCAUUAUCAUAUUUUCGUCGGGGAUUUGAGCCCUGAAAUCGAAACACAAGCGUUGAAAGAAGCAUUCGCUCCGUUCGGAGAAAUAUCCAAUUGUAGAAUUGUAAGAGAUCCUCAAACACUAAAAUCUAAAGGAUAUGCUUUCGUUUCAUUUGUGAAAAAAUCCGAAGCUGAAGCUGCGAUAAACACCAUGAAUGGUCAGUGGCUGGGUAAUCGUAGUAUCAGAACCAAUUGGUCGACAAGAAAGCCGCCUCCGCCAAGAUCGAUGUCGACUCGCCAAAGUGUAAAUAACAAGCCCGUUACUUACGAUGAGGUUUAUAGCCAGUCAAGUCCAACGAAUUGCACAGUCUAUUGUGGAGGAUUUACGAAUGGAAUGUCGGAAGAAUUGAUGCAGAAAGUAUUCUCACCAUUCGGUACAAUUGUAGAUAUACGCGCUUUUAAAGAUAAAGGUUACGCUUUCAUCAAAUUUUCCAACAAAGAGUCGGCUACUCGUGCAAUCGAAGCAGUUCAUAAUACCGAAAUAAAUGGACAACCGGUGAAAUGUUUUUGGGGCAAAGAAUCUGGAGAUCCGAAUUCGGUACUCUCCACUAAUAGCAAUGUUAGUAGUUCACCGAAUGCAGCUGUGCAGUAUUCCUAUAAUAUGUAUAAUCAACAAAUGGGUUAUUGGUAUCCGCAAGCGUAUUCUGCUGCUGCUGCUGGAGCCAGUCAAAUGCAAGGCCAGUACUAUCAAGGAAUGCAACCAAAUUACGGAUAUGGACAAUUUGCUGGGUAUCAACCAGGUUAUGUCGGCAGAGUUGGCGUUCCUGUGGCAUCCAACUCUUCUUCAUGGCCGCAAACUCAAACUGCCGGAACAUCACCUCAAACUGCGCAAAGUGGAGGAACAACUGUGGCUUAUGGUAUGCCGCAAUUUCAAAAUCAAUGAUUAUUUAAUCUGGUGCUCGGAGUCGAUCCACUAUAAUUGAAAUUAAACAAAUAUUUCGAUAACUUUGUAAGUAAAUUUUACAAAACUUAAAACGUAAAAAGAAACCGCUGAAAACAUAUUGCUGCCCAGCACGACUAGAUUAACGUUUUUGGCAUUGUAAUACUGGUUUUUGAAUAUAUUUUUAUAUUUCUUUCUAAAACAACUAGUGCGUUAUUUUUCAGUUUAUUUAAAAUUGUACAUACAUAUAUAAAUAUCAUUCUUAAAAAUGAGUUAUUUUUUUAUACAUAUAUUUAAAGUCAUAUUUAGUUUUUCCAGUACAUUUGGGUUAAUUUAAGAAAUUACCAGCGAAAAUAGCACUAUUCGUUUUUUUUUGUAAAACUACGAAAACAAAAAUGAUGUAAACCUAUUUUACACGAAUUGUUCUCGGAUUCGUGCAGAAAUAUUUUUGCUUUAAAAUGUCUAUAUAAACCAAAUGCGUUGUUGUUAUUGUUGUACCGUUCCAGAAUCUGUAUUGCGACCGUCAGUAAAAUCUUAAUUUUUUAUUUCAUUUGAAAAUGAAAAAUAUAAUAAAUAAUAUCAAAGUUUUACGAAGCAUUUUUGUGUUAAUUUUUUCCAUUGUGUAUUUUUAUUUUUAUAUGUGAUGAAAAAAUGCGAGUAAGGAUUUUAGUUUUAUAUCAUGAUAGUUGUACGUAGGUAACGCAAACCGCGUCUUGCUCUUUUGACAAUUAUUUUCGUGUACCUGCGAAGAAAAUUUUGAAUUUGUUUUAUUUUUCAUGUAGGUGAGCAUGUUUUCGUUAGUCAAUAAAUUUUUGAACAGCUGUGA